AGUGUAACAUCAGAUCUGUCAAGCUCAUGAACCCGGAGAACACUCCAGUCGACUGGAUUGUUAGGCACUUAAUGCGCGCACGGCUAAUAAUUUCUAACUAUCUAUUGAUAUACCAAUCUAAGUCAGCGUCCAAUAAUUAUCGCUUGAUUGUAAGGAAAUAUUCAAUUAGAUAUCUUUUCAAUAGCAUAUUCAACAGCCGGCUUGCCAAUCGGGGCGCCAUUCAAAAUUGAUUGCUAAAUGUGUGCGGUACGUGUUGAAAAGCAUUUGGGUUGCGAGACCCAAAGUCGCCGGUACCAGCUAUCUGUACUGUUGCUGCUUUUAGGUAUUUACCUGCACGGGGCAAAAGGCUCAGUUUUCCGCACAGACGCGACUCUGGCCGUGCCAACAGUCUGGCCUGACGCAACAGUUGAUGACUGCCACGAUGAAUAUAUGCUGGCUGGCAUAAAUGCCGCGAGCACCUUUGCCGCAGAAUACGAGCGGUGCGAGCUGACUGCGAACGAGACUCAGCUCGAUCUGUCCAUCGAUGAGACUCUCGAGAGACAACAAAUCGAAAUGGGUAGCAGAACGCUGUGUGGCAACUUCGAGCUGUGCGCUGAACUUGAUGACCAUUUUGAGUACAUUGAGUGUAUGAAGAAUAGUGGCAGUCAAAAUAUGGAUAUAAUCGUAGAGAUCAAUCACAAUGCAACUAGUGCACAUACUCGACUGCGGGAAGAUAUCGAUUCAGUGCAGCAGACGCUCGUACUGUGCACCCUCGAGGCACAGGUCGCUUAUGAAAGCAGCAUGCGUUUGGCCUUUGAAGAGUUACAAGUGUGUCGCAGCCAAGCCGACGACUAUCCGCGCUGACCACUUCUCUAAACUGAAUACACUACUACUACUAUAGAAAUAAAAUCAAUAUUUGAUUUUAGUGAAGCA